AUGGUGGAGCUGGCAUCUCAGCUCCUGAGCCUGUCACUUCUCAUGGAGGUUGUGUUUGGUGAACCCACACUCACUAAGGGGACCUGUGUGUUCCAAGGAAAGGUGGAUGAUAGGAACCUGUAUGAGGAAGGAGAUAUUGUCAUUGGCGGCUUAUUUCCUCUACACUAUGGUCCAGUAUCAUUUAUACAAUCUUAUCAGAAGAAACCAGAGCCCACUGGUUACAAAUAUUUCAGUGCCAGAGCUCUGCGAUGGAUGCAGACGAUGGCCUUUGCCAUUGAAGAAAUUAACCAACGGCAGGAUUUCUUGCCUCAUCUAAAGCUGGGGUACCAUAUUCUGGACAGCUGUGAUGACAUUCCGGUGUCUCUGAGGAAUUCUCUCAUUCUUGUGAGUGGAUUGCAUGGUAACAACAUUAACUCGACAUGUGCAGGGAUGGAGCGACCAGUUUCACCUGUGAUCAUUGGAGAUGCUGCUUCAGGUGUGUCGAUGGCUGUUCUCAGAACUCUUGGGUCCUUUCAAAUUCCUCUGGUGAGCUACUUUGCCUCUUGCAAUUGCCUCAGCAAUAAGAAGGAAUUUCCUACUUUUAUGAGGAUCAUGCCAAGUGAUGCAUUUCAGAUAAAAGCUUUAGUUAAACUUAUCCAUUACUUUCAGUGGACUUGGGUUGGAGUGAUAGGGGUGGAUUCUGACUAUGCUCGCUUCGCCAUUCAACUUUUCUUGGAGGAGUCUUCCAAGUUUGGGGUGUGUGCUGCUUAUGUGCACUUGUACCCAGUGCUCCUCUCGAAGGAGUCUGUAAACAAAGUAGUACAAACCAUAAAACGAUCCUCUGCAAAGGUCAUCUUGAACUUUUCUGGGGAGUCCGAGUUACAGUCAAUCCUCAGAGAGUGCGGAAAUCAAAAUGUCAUGGACAUACAGUGGAUUGCGAGUGAAGCAUGGUCCACAGCGAAAUCCCUGUGGAAAGAGUUUCACAGCCUGUUGAAGGGAACACUGGGGUUUGCUAUACGAAAGGCUGAAAUCCCAGGUCUGCAAGGGUUCCUGACUCAACAGCUGCUCUCCCGUGCUCGCAAAGCCCAUUUCCUUGCUGAACUGUGGGAGGAAAUCUUUGACUGUAAGCUGAAUGAGUCCCUGAAUGAUCACGUUCAUGGCAAGACUUCCUCAGACAGGAGGCCCUGUAGUGCUCCAGAGAGUCUGAACAGUGUAUUCUCUGAGUACUGGGAUGUGUCCCAGCUCAGAGUGUCCAGUAACGUGUACAAGGCUGUGUACCUCAUUGCACAUGCAUUGCAUGACCUGAGUGCUUGUGUUCCUGGAGCUGGACCCUUUGCUGAUGGAUCCUGUGCUGACCCCAUCCACUUCCUUCCAUGGCAGCUGCUGCACUACAUGAAGCAAGCCAGUUUUAACACGCUGGGAGAGGAGGUCAGCUUUGACAAGAAUGGGGACCCCAUUGCAUCCUAUGAUCUCAUGAACUGGCAGGAAGGGCCCAGCAGCUCUCUACAGUUGGUAAAAGUGGGCUACUACGAUGCCUCUUUGGGCAGGGAAAAGGAUCUUGUUGUAAACGAUUCAACAAUUUGGUGGCACAGAGGACACAAGGCCCCGUUGUCCAUGUGUAGUGAGAGUUGCUUCCCGGGCUUCAGGAAGGCCAAUCGAAAAGGAGAGCCUGUCUGCUGCUUUGACUGUAUUCCAUGUGCUGAAGGGGAGAUAAGUAAUGAGACAGAUUCCGCAGAUUGCAGGAGAUGCUCUAUUGAGACCUGGUCUAAUCAAGCUAGAAAUCAAUGUGUCCCCAAAGCCAUUGAGUUCCUCUCCUAUCAGGAAUCCAUGGGAAUGGUUCUCUGUGCAGGUUCUGUGUUCGGUGUUUGUGUCACUGCGGCCGUCUCGGGGGUGUUUAUUGCUUAUAGGACCACCCCAGUAGUUCGUGCCAACAACAUGGAGCUCAGCUUCCUGCUGCUGCUCUUUCUUGCUGUAUGCUUUCUGGUUAGCCUGAUGUUCAUAGAAGAGCCUACAGACUGGCUCUGCCGAAUCCGAUAUACUACGUUUGGUAUCAGUUUCUCCCUGUGCACCUCCUGCAUUCUUGCCAAAACUGUGGUAGUACUGAUGGCUUUUCGGUCAACUCUGCCUGGCAACAGUGUCAUGCGGUGGUUUGGUCCGGCCCAGCAAAGAGCCAGUGUCUUCCUCUGUACCAGUGUCCAGGUAAUCAUUUGUCUAGUGUGGCUGACCACUAGACCACCCCAGGUGGUAUACAAUACCAGGCACCAGAGCGCCAAAAUCAUUAUGGAAUGCAUGGUGGGGUCAGAGGUGGGAUUCUGGUGUGUGCUUGGCUAUAUUGGAUUCCUGGCCUGCUUGUGCUUUGUCAUGGCAUUUCUGGCCAGGAAACUUCCAGACAAUUUCAAUGAGGCCAAGUUCAUUACCUUCAGCAUGCUUAUAUUUUUUGCUGUGUGGAUCACCUUUAUCCCUGUGUAUAUGAGCACAUCAGGGAAGUACAUGGUGGCUGUGCACGUCUUUGCCAUUUUAGCCUCUGCUUUUGGCAUUUUGCUCUGUAUCUUUGCUCCAAAAUGCUUUAUUGUAUUGUUGAAACCAGAGAGAAACACAAGAAGGCAAAUUAUGCUAAAGAAGUGA